GCUUGCACUGCAGAUGUGCCCUGGACAAGGUUCUAGCGUCCAACAGCUUGCUCACCUUGGCAACCGACACUUCCGGAAUCCAGGAGAUACCGGAAAUGACGUCCUUAACGCUUCCGCUGCCGCCAUCACUGCCCUUUUUUAGGGUCCUGGUGGUGUGGGGGCUGGUGAACCAUCACGUAUGCAGGUCGCGGCGGGGAGGGAGGUGCGGCCGGCACUCGGGACACGACGCCGGCGGUCCCGGGGUGCCUGCCCAAGGCGGAGUCGGCUCGGUUGGCGCCUGUGCGUCAGUGCUGCGCGGGCCAGACCCGCCAGGUGAGCGGCGCCACCAGAGCUCGCACCGCGGACGCGCGGCGAGGUCUCCUGCUGAGCAUUCGGGACAGUGAGGGCACUGCGAGAGUCUCCUGCGUUUCCGUGUGUGCUCUCAGAGUUCACAGAUUAGUCUUUAAAAAACAAAAUAGGCUUAGCUGGGCAGUAGCGGCAUAAUCCUUUAAUCCCAGCACUCGGGAGUCAGAGGCAGAACAGCCGAGGCUACACACAGAAACCCUGUCUUGCAAAAACAAAAACAAACAAGCAAACAAAAAAAGAGGCUCAGAGGAAAAUGUCUAACCCUGGUCUCCAGUGCCUGGUAUCUGGAACCACAGCACACAUCCUAGUUACCCCCGAGUAGCUGGUUUUCAAAUGGCAUGCAUAAAUGGGAAAAGGUAUCCCCCAAACUUUGUCAGCCAAGUUAACCACAUUGGCUUACCAUAUCUCUCUCCCUGUGCAACACAUAUACACGCGUGCACCUCUGGAAGUCAGUCCCGCCAUUUGAGUCCUCCCAGAAAGUGGAGCCCACGUCUGUGUACACUGCAGAGUGGGAGGGGUAAGAGAAGUGAUCCAGAAGAGGUUUGGGUAGGAAAUGGUCCUUGGGAUUACUGAAGCGAUACCACUGGUAUGCUCGGAGAGACCAGAAAGGCUUAAGUAGAAAAGAUCUCCAGGGUUUUUAUUCCGUCUAGUGCCUCCCUUUUGGGAGAAGUUUGGAGGGCACGACUGGUGAGCCCUGCAUAAACCAGCUGAAGUACACGGUUCCAGUAUGAAGUGCAGCAAGCAAAACAAACCUGCUGUGUUCCAUCCGGGCAAACAGGAAAACUGCCUUCGGAAGAAGUGACAGAUGGAUAAGAGUUUGUCAGAAAUGCAGAAAAAGGAGAAAAGUUCAAACAGGGAAAAUGUGUGUGUGUGUGUGUGUGUGUGUGUGUGUGUGUGUGUGUGUGUGUUCGUAUCAUGUAGCAUGUUAGUCCCAAACUUGUUCAUCUUUUCUAGCUGAAGAGUUUUGAGCUUCCACUCCAGCAUAAGUUUAUUCAAAAAUUAAUGAUACAUACUAUUUGAUUUCAGUACAUAAUACAGAGCAUAUGAAAUAGAAGUUAAGUAAUUUCGUGUUUUCUUUAACGUUCUAUUUUCUUGCAUACCCUGCAUUGGAGGCCGUUGCUAUUCUUUUAAUUUGGGUACUUGGGAGACCGGUUGGAGGUGUAUGUGAAAAGCUGUCAAGGCUAAGCAUGGACAGUUAAUUUUAUCCUGGAGCCACUGUAAGUUUGAGAAGGGAAGUCACUUGGAGCGAUUUCUCUGUUUGUACUCUUCUUUCCCCGAAAGGUUUGUUUUUAGCUGCGGAGUCGCACCAGCUGAGCACUCCAGGACCGUGACUGUUCUUUUUGUUUCUGUAGGUAACACUUCUGCUCUUCCUUUCUUGACUCUGAAAAACAGCUCCUGUCAUUUGAAGCAGAGACUCAUUUUCAGUGUACCUGCUGUAGGUGGAACCAGCUUCUCUUUGGGAUCGCAAUGACCAUGGAAGGCAGGGGAACAUUAGGUCUCAUCCCCAGGAUGGCUGUGUAUCAGCAGCAGGACGGGAGAUUGACUGUGAAGCAGGAACCAGGAAGCCAGACCUGGGGACAGAGCUGCAGUCUCCAGAAAAACUACCCCCCUGUCUGUGAAAUCUUCCGGCUGCACUUCAGGCAAUUGUGUUACCAUGAGAUGUCUGGGCCGCAGGAGGCACUGAGCCGACUCAGGGAGCUCUGCCACUGGUGGCUGAUGCCAGAGGUCCACACCAAGGAGCAGAUCCUGGAGCUGCUGGUGCUGGAGCAGUUCCUGAGCAUCCUGCCCAGGGAGCUCCAGACAUGGGUGCAGCUCCGUCGUCCUGAAACUGGCGAGGAGGCUGUGGCUGUGGUGGAAGAUUUCCAGAGACACCUUAGUGGGUCAGGGGAGGUUUUGUCUCCAGUACAAGAGCAGGAUGUGCAUUUAAAGAAGAAGAUAGCUCUGCGUGGAACAGAACAAUCUCCUGCCUCAGUCUCCAGUCAAGGCUCAGCUCCUGAAGCCCACCUGGACCCUCACCGACACUGCGGUCCAGCUUUUCUUGAAGUGGGGAGUGCCAGAGCCCAGGCUACUGUGGGGAACUCCACAGUGGCUGCUGAGCUUAGGAUGGUCAGGCCUCGGGAGAUUACAGUGAAUAAGGACUCUAUGCAGAAAAGGUGGAAAAGCCUGGCACUCAGUCAGAACGCCCUGAACCAGAACAUGAUGGCAGAAGAUGAGCACAGCGUGGCCUCUCUGGCAACAGGUAAGAACAGGAUGGAAAGCUCUGAGUACACUUCAAAGCACGAUGUUUCUGAAGGAUCCGAUUCACUUGACAUAUCCUCAGCGGGACUCUUUGGGAUGGCGUUGGUAGAACCAGAGUCUGGAGAUAUCUGUGAAGAUCUUGUAGCACAGGUGGAAGGGCGGCCCUCAGGUGAUGAAGAGAGUGAACGAGAAAGUGAUUUCUUGGAAAAGAAAGAUAAGGAAAAUUCCAUAAAAGACAGAAAUGAGGAGUGUAAAGAUGGAGGGGAACGUCCAGAUCUUUCCUCUAGUUCUGCUGAGCAUCAGCGAGAAGCAAAGAGACGAAAGCUCUGUCAAUGUGAUGAGUGUGACAGAGUUUGUAACUGGAGCUCACACCUCCUUGGGCACCAGAGAACCCGCACUGGAGAGAAGCCCUGUGAGUGUAAUGAGUGCGGGAAGACCUUCCGACUGCCAUCUCAGCGAACUGUUCACCUCAGAACACACGUGGCGGGGAGGCCUUAUGAAUGUAGUGAGUGCGGGAAGACGUACCAGCUCUGCUCCCAUCUUAGUCAGCACCAGAGACUCCACGACGGGGAGAAACCAUCUAAAUGCCAUGAGUGUGCCAAAGCCUUCACUCAGAGCUCGCAGCUCCUGGACCACAGGAGCACCCAUACUGGGGAGAGGCCUCAUGAGUGCAGCGAGUGUGGGAAAACCUUCUGCUCCAACAGAAAUCUUAGUGACCACCAGAGAACCCACACUGGGGAGAAGCCUUAUGAAUGUAGUGAGUGUGGCAAGGCCUUUAGUCGGAGUAAGUGUCUUAUUCGACAUCAGAGUCUCCACAGUGGGGAGAAACCAUACAAAUGUAGUGAAUGUGGGAAAGCCUUCAGCCAGAACUCUCAGCUCAUUGACCACAAACGGAUUCAUACCGGGGAAAAGCCUUUUGAAUGUAGUGAGUGUGGCAAGAAAUUCAGUUUAAGUAAAUGCCUUAUUCGGCACCAGAGACUUCACACUGGAGAAAAGCCCUAUAAAUGCAGCGAAUGUGGGAAAUCUUUCAAUCAGAACUCUCACCUCAUCAUCCACCAGAGGAUUCACACUGGUGAGAAACCAUACGCGUGUAAUGAGUGUGGGAAGGUCUUCAGCUACAGCUCUAGCCUUAUGGUUCACCAGAGAACCCACACUGGUGAGAAGCCCUACAAAUGUAAAGAUUGCAUGAAAGCCUUCAGUGACAGCUCACAGCUGAUUGUGCACCAGAGAGUUCACACUGGUGAGAAGCCUUACGAGUGUAUUGAGUGUGGGAAAGCCUUCAGCCAGCGUUCCACAUUUAACCACCACCAGCGGACACACAGUGUGGAGAAGCCCUCAAGUCUGCUUCGGACAGUGUCUUAAGGCAAGGUUCCUGAGACAGACAACAAGGAAUUCUGAGUUAGUUUUGUUUAUAAGGAGGGUAUUUAUCAUACUCUUGGAAGCAUUGUUCAAAUGACCAUUGCUUAAUGCUUUUUCCAUGUGGCCACUGAGGCAGGGGAGUAGUAAUAACUUAGUGCAGUCUUCUUACUGUUGGAAAAGUAAAAACCAUGUAUUCUGUUUACUUCUAGCUUUUUAUUUUUAAACUUUUAAAAUAUACCUCAUUUUUUAGUUUUGCAUUCCAGGAUUUGUGACUUUCAACACAGAGAUACUAUCUCUGCUUCAUCCCCACUUGACUCGGAGGCACAUGGCACAACUCUCACCGCUCUACCUUGUGGCUGUAGCUCUCUCUUCGUUUACUUUGCCUUCACAUUUUUUUACGUAUAUGGGUGUUCUGCCUACAUAUAUGUCUGUGUAUCACUCAGUACACAUAUAUGUCUGGUGCCUACAACAUCACACUCCCUGGAACUGGAGUUACAGAUAAUUGUCAACCAUCAUGUGGAUAGUAGGGAUCAAACCUGAGCCCUUUGGCCGAGCAGCGUAUUGCUCUAGCCUUCACAUUUGUUUUUUAAAGUUAGUCCAAUAUAUAGAUUUUUGUCAUUUAAGUUCCCUAGAAAUUUUUUCCUUUUCUUGCUAAUUUAUGUAUUUGUAUAUAUGAUUGUUAGUUUAUGUACAUUUAUGUGUAAUUGUACAGUGAGUGCAGUGCUUUUAGAGAACAGAGGAGGGUGUUGAGCCUUUAGAACUGGUGGUUGUCAGGUGCUGGGAACUGAGCUUGCCUCCUCUGCAAGAACAGCAUAUACUCCUAACCACUGAGCCAUCUCUCCAGCCCCUGAGGUUUUUUUUUUGUUUUGUUUUGUUUUGGUUUUUUUUAACAUGUUUUUCCUCUUAAACCUCUGUUGAUCUGAUCUCAACUUGCUUUGAGUUAGUUGAUGCUAUAUGGUACAACUGUUAUAUUCUCUUGUAUUUAUAUACUUUCAUACCAACAUGAGGGCUCUUUGUGGGUGUAUCUUUUUCAUAUAUAGAUAAUUAUAUUAAUUGAUAAAUAAAUAAUUUUUUAAAUCUC